AGAGAUCUGUUGUCUGAAUUAAACCUCCUAAAGAAACUAGAACCUCAGCCACAUGUAAUAACACUUUUGGGUUGCAUCACAGAGGAAAAAGGUAAUUACACGUAUAAUUGAUCACUAUCUUUUUACACAAAUUUGAGGAUAUUUAUUGAUUACUCCUUCCGCUCACACAGGCAUAUAAAUAAUGCAUAAAGUAUAGUAAAUUGAAUAAUGCAUGCUUUUGAAGUAAUUUUCAGUUUUUCUUCUUCAAAUGUUUAGCGUGCAUUUUAAAUUAAUCAUUGUGCUAUGAGCAGUGCCAUUAUUAUGAUUAAUAUAAGUAAUUUUAGUUUUCUAAGUUAUUUAUGUAAAUACUGUAAGCAUUAAAAUUUCCGAACUGAAAAGGAUAAAGAUUCCCAUCGGCCAAUUAAACAGAUUCUGUUAUAAGUAAGAUUCAUUUGUCAUUUGCCGUGCGUUGCUUUUCGGGGGGUAAUGAGGGUCUUUAGAAAAUCGCUCUUGAAAAAUGACUUUCACACCAAUAAUGACCGAGUUUUGAGUAUUUCCAGGUGCAAAAUGAUAAUGCUUCUAUCCCAUAAAAAUCUUUUAUAUCAGGUGUAAAUUGUACUUAUAUAUUUAACCUUCAAAAAGCCAUGCGUUGACAUAAAAAAAUCACGUCUAAUACUCAAAAAAGUAAGUUUUACAAGGCCCAGUGGGUUGAUUUUGGCCCAUUCUUCUCUAAUUUAUGACUCUUCAAAGCGAAGCAGUAUUCGAAUUUGCCGCUUUAACGGUUAUGAAUGGUUAAUGAUGUCCGCGCAUACUGCUCGAUAAUGUAGGAGCUAAGGCUUAUUAGCGCAAGUAAUAAAAACAAAAACAAAAAAAGGAAAUGAAAAUAUCGAAAAAAGCACAGCGUACAUUAGAGGUACAAAUGUUUGUUGUAUUAUCUCAAUUUCUUGGUUCAUUCUUCUAAUUUAUUCUUACUUACUGUACGAUUCAACCUUAAAGAUCAAACAUUGUAUAAAAAAAAAAAUCUUCAUUCUCUUCAGAUAGUCUAUGUCUUUGAAUAUGCUUUGCAAUGCAUAUUUUGAAAGCAGUUUUUAUCAUUCUAUAGAAAACCCAUAUGUAAUCAUUGAGUAUGUACCUUACGGAGAUCUUCUCGGUUACCUUCGGAGAAGUCGUGGGUUGCACGACUGUUACUACGAAUAUCCCGAGAUAAAACCAGCGACGUACCUGACCUCCGAGCAGAUCCUGACAUUCGCCUGGCAGAUAGCUGACGGCAUGCAAUAUAUCUCAUCUAAAAGGGUGCGUGUUUUCAAUUGAUAAUUAUUUAUAACAUUCCCUUGUAUCCUCAAUAUCAUCAUCUCUUUUGUUUGUUUUGUUUUGUUUUCGUUUUCUAUCAAUAGAUCAUCCAUCGAGACCUAGCAGCAAGGAAUGUAUUGGUUGGUGAAAACCUCACAUGCAAGAUUACAGAUUUUGGGAUGGCUCGCGAUAUUGAUUUGCAAGAUAUUUAUAUACCUCGUAAUCAGGUAGUUUCUUUUCUCAGCAGUUAUCCUGCCCAAACUGUUUCAAUAAUGAAAGGACAUCCACCUGACUAAGAUUUUUAAUAUAAUGACCGCUUAAACUUAGAUAUAGAUGAAGUGAUGAGAGAUGUAAGCUCGUCCUUCACCUCGGUCUGCAGAUCUUACGUUUGCCUUCCGCUCUUUUCUUCUAUAUUUAUGGUUUUAAUUGAUUAAUUUAUUCUUUAACAGAUGGAUCGAGAUCGAUGCGCUAGAAUCUCUCGAUGUCUUAGGAACUAAUGCUAUUUGAGAUCCGAUCACUAUAAAAAAAGAAAGAAGGUGAAAAUAAAAAAAAAAGAGGAAAAGAAAGGAAGAAAGACAAAAAAAGAAGAUAAAGAAAAAAAAAAUGAGAAAAAGACACUAUAUCGCUCAGCUAUUCCAAAAGGAGAUCGCCGAAAAUUAAAUAUAUCCUCAGAAAAAUGAAGGUUUCUCCUCAUAAACUUCUUUCAAUACAGGGUCGAAUUCCUGUUAAAUGGACAGCAAUUGAAGCAAUGACUGGAAGGAUGGAAUACUCAACGAAAAGUGAUGUGUAGGUUUAGCCUACGUGUAGUGUAGCAGUACCCUUCCCCCGCUAAGGUGAAACGAAGGCGAGGUAACGUCAACGCAAACCUGACACUAAUCGUGUUCCGUGAAGUCACUCUUUUGCAAGAAAAUGUAUAAUGACUGUUUUAUUGGUUAACUCCUUUUAUAAAAUAAUUCAAAUAGUACGCGCGCUCUGAUUGGCCAUAAAACCAUUUUACAUGAGCGUAUGUAAACACGGUUUUCGUUCCUCUUUCAUUAGUUAUUUUAUAAAAGAAAUGUAAAAUGGUUUCCGUGUUUACAUAGUCUGAUGUAAACACUUGGGAGGUUGGGAGAACACUUGAUUAGCUGGAAACCACUCCGCUUCGCGUCGUGGUUUCCUACGCUUAUCUCGUGUUCUCCCAACCUUCUGCAUGUUUACAUCAGGCUCUCUAAACACGGAAACCAUUUUACAUUUCUUCAUUGUCAACUCUUUCGUCGAUUCUGAUUGGUUCUAGUUGUAAUUUAUUUUCAUAUUAACAAACAAGAUGCUAAAUAAAAUGUUUUCACGGUCAACUUUUCAGAUAACAGCGAUCUACCACGAGGUUUUAAGGCAAGUUUGCGCGGCGUUUGGGAUAGAGACAUUUCAAGAAGAACAGCAGAAAGCGAUAGAUAUUUUUUUCGAAGGUAACGAUGUCUCCCUUUCGUUACCAACUGGCUAUGGAAAAUCCUUAUUAUAUCAAGCAGCGUCUGUGAUCGAUCACCUUUCCUCUUUAGGGGAAGGCGGUCACUAUAUUUUUUAUGCCGCCCGUUAAAGUUCUCAGAGAAGACCAGGUGCACUAUCUAAAUGCACUUGGGCCAAGAGGGUUGUCCGCCUUCAACUUUCGGUCUCUUUGCGAACGGUGCUGUGAAGGUAAAUUAAAGCCGGUCGUUUCAUGCAGCGAUUCUUUCGACUGAGGAAAGAGUCGCUCUUUCUUCACGCUUGCAGCGUAACUAUCUCUCAAGGAAACCUUUGAAAUCCUUGAGAUUCUGCGGCAAAUGAUCCACCUCUUUUCGACGACCGCGACACUGUUUACAAAUGCAAGCAGAAACCGCGUGGACAUUGAAAUCUAGUUUCGUAAGUGCGAUGCUAAUCGAAUAUCGUCUUCUUCCUACUCUAUGCCAAAAACCGCUCAUGAUCUCUUCUUGUAUCCUUAAAUCAAAGUAUGCAUUUGAGCUCGGACGCUGAAUUGCAAAUUUACCCGAAAAAUGGAAAAUGAAUACACUUCAAUGCUAUUGUUUUCUUGAUAGCCCUCACGCUAACACGUGUCACUUCGCAACAAAAUACUAUCAAGUGACACUAUUUUGCAUAAGUUAGAGUAACGUCACGGAACAAGGUUAGUGUCAGGUUUGCGUUGACGCUCCCUCGCUUCCGUUCCACCAUCGGGGAGGGUACGGCUACACGUAGCCUAGUGUAACUUAAGAUAAAUGAAAUUGCAAACUUGAAACACUUAACGCCUUUUUAGAAAACAAGAAAAAGUAAAUCUAGAAAUCUUACAGCUGAAGUAGAAGGUAAGCACCUCUCAAUUUAGCUAGAAUACGGAGAUCUAGGAAAUCUAAAGACAGAAAAUACUGAACUUUUGUUUUUACUUUCUUGCAGGUGGAGUUUUGGAAUCGUUUUAUACGAGAUUUGCACCAUUGGUAGGUCUUAUAUUGACCUCGUAGUGGUUUAAGGUUUAAGAUUUAAGAAUGCAUCGAUCGAAAUCGAGUAUACAAGUACCAAUCAUCUGCCGUGACAGGUACUGAUGAAGCUCUCUAGGAUAGUAUAUUUACUUUCAGACUUCCGUGGGAAAUGGAGAAAAUCGUAAGCAGUCAGUAUUUAUGAGAGACCAAGAAUAAGAGAUGAGUGAUCUCUAACACACGUGUGCAUAUAUUCAAUCAAUAGCUUGCUUUCUCUAUCAUGAUAGUAUUUUAAUAAAACAGCUUUCUAUCGGUUUGAGUGUUUGUCACCCAAAGCAAGCGCUCGUAAUUUGUUCCUCUAUCACUCGAGAAAAGUUAUCAAGUAAAAUUAAGAGAUUCUUUGGUCACCAUAGUACAUUGACUGUCAUCUUAAAUUAUUACACACUUUAGGCGCUGAACCUUAUCCCGGAAUAAGUCCAUGUAAGAUUCCAAGAGUAUUACAAAAGGGGUACAGAAUUCCUAAACCUGAUUAUUUUAAGGAUGAGUUGUAAGUAAUUCCUAACCUCUCUACAGUAAUUUUCAAUAUGAUAAUGGCAAAAGUUCUUUCAUAAGGUAAUCUAAGUUAAUCCAUAAUGUAUUGUAUCGCAAUCCAACUGAACUCUAAAAAACGCAUAGCUAAAGCUACAACUUUCUAAACCUAACGUUAAAAUAAAAGAAUUUCUAGUAAACUAAACCAAAUGCAGUGUAAAACUCAUAGGUUACUCUCCGCCUCGUCUCCAGUUGUUAUGUAGUUAUUUACCCAUUUAUAUCUGUCGUAUGAAACGGAUAAGGUGCAAUCAGGGCGAUGCGCGAAACCUAAAUCGACAUUCUGUUGAUUUUAAAAUUUUACUACCAUUGGUAAUGUUGUAUUCUGUGAGCACUAACCAUGGAAAAUACUGGAAUUCUUCAGGUAUAAUAUCAUGCUGAAUUGUUGGGAAACGGAUCCUGAAAUAAGACCGUCAUUUGAGUUUUUGUGCUCUUCCAUCAGGGGAUUACAAAAGUCUAAGCAGGUUAGAAUUCUUGUGACAAAUUUUACUCGUAUUGCAGGUCCUCUUAAGUAUUUAUCUUGUAAAUCAGUGCCCAGGAUUAUGAUCGUGCGAGUGAUGGACGAAUGGUAAAGUCAUUUUUUUUGCUCAGGAACACGAGCCACGGGAGAUUUGCAUACAAAACUGAAAAUUUUGGGGCACGUCCUUUAUGGUGACAAAUCAGUGUCGCAAUUUCUUGUGAAGUUGAGUUGUUUCCUAUUGCGGGCAUGUCCCAUCAGCAGUGAAAAGGUCUUGGAAAGACGCUUUUGACGAGUUUUCCUUUCACUUCUGAUCUUAAAUUUCGUCGUUGCUCUCUUUUGCAGAAUUAUGUCAACGUACAAGACUGCCUUGAGACUCACCAAAAUAAAAUUAGUUUAUAA